AUGAGACAUUUCUUGUCUGAAUUCCCAGAAGAAUUGUUUGAAAUGACUAAGGAGGUUCAAAUUGUUCUCUUAGCUCUGAGUCAACGUGAAAAAUUACCUGUUGAUGAACAAUUAAAACAUGAUGAAUUGAUGGGUCAAGUUAUGACAUUCCUAAUAGGUGGACAUGAAACCACUAGUUUAGCGCUAUCUUUUACAUUAUAUUUCCUUGCAAAAUAUCCUGAUGUACAAGAUCGUCUUCGUAAAGAAUUGUUUGAUGCAUUUACUGAUCGUAAUUAUCAACCAACUCUUGAUGAAAUUGAACAGUUGAAAUAUUUAGAAUGUGUUUUAAAGGAAAUUUUAAGGAUCCAACCACCUGUACCAUUAAUCCGUCGUUGUGGAAUAAAAGAUGAAAUAAUGAAUGGAUACGUUAUUCCAAAGGGAAUUCCAUUAGUGAUUCCUAUCUACGCGAUCCAUCAUGAUCCCUUAAUUUGGGGUGAAGAUGCUGAAAAUUUUAAUCCAUCUCGGUGGCUUGAUCCGGAAAUUAAAGCAAAAAUAUCAACCAGCACAUAUUUACCUUUUAGUCAUGGUCCGAAAAAUUGUAUAGGAAUGAAAAUUGCUCAAUUUGAAUUUAAGUCUAUUUUAUCUAUACUUAUUAGAAAUUUUAAGUUUAAAAUAGUUGAAGGAUUCACCUUUAAAGUGAAAUCUGUAGGUUUCCCUAAUCCUAUUCCUGGAAUUGAUUUAUGGGUUUCAAAAAUUGAAGAUUAA